AGCGGGAGGCGGUCGGGUCAGGCCAGCAGCUGGGCGCAAGCGGGUCGGCGUUGAGGGAGCCACUGCCUUCCCGCCUGCGCACUGCCUCUCGGCCCCCUCCGGCCAGCCCGCAGCCGGCCGCGUCAUGCCAGGCGCUGCUCGGCGGUAGGGAGUGCCCGGGGCCGCCGCCUCCGCCCGCCCGCCCGAAGCCGCGCCCACUGCCCAGAGCCAGAGGGAUGGUGGUAGUCACGGGGCGGGAGCCAGACAGCCGUCGCCAGGACGGUGCCAUGUCCAGCUCCGACGCCGAAGACGACUUUCUGGAGCCGGCCACGCCGACGGCCACGCAGGCGGGCCACGCGCUGCCCCUGCUGCCACAGGAGUUUCCUGAGGUUGUUCCCCUUAACAUCGGAGGGGCUCAUUUCACUACACGCCUGUCCACACUGCGGUGCUACGAAGACACCAUGUUGGCAGCCAUGUUCAGUGGGCGGCACUACAUCCCUACGGACUCCGAGGGCCGGUACUUCAUCGACCGAGAUGGCACACACUUUGGAGAUGUGCUGAAUUUCCUGCGCUCAGGGGACCUCCCACCUAGGGAGCGUGUUCGGGCUGUGUACAAAGAGGCCCAGUACUAUGCCAUCGGGCCCCUCCUGGAGCAGCUGGAGAACAUGCAGCCACUGAAGGGCGAGAAGGUGCGCCAAGCGUUUCUGGGACUCAUGCCCUAUUACAAAGACCACUUGGAGCGGAUUGUGGAGAUCGCCCGGCUGCGUGCAGUCCAGCGGAAGGCUCGCUUUGCCAAGCUCAAGGUCUGUGUCUUCAAGGAGGAGAUGCCCAUCACCCCCUAUGAGUGUCCGCUCCUCAACUCCCUGCGCUUUGAGCGGAGUGAGAGUGACGGGCAGCUUUUUGAGCACCACUGUGAAGUGGAUGUGUCUUUUGGGCCCUGGGAGGCUGUGGCUGAUGUUUAUGACCUGCUGCACUGCCUGGUCACGGACCUCUCGGCCCAGGGUCUCACUGUGGACCACCAGUGCAUCGGGGUGUGUGACAAGCACCUUGUGAACCACUACUACUGCAAGCGCCCCAUCUAUGAGUUCAAGAUCACAUGGUGGCGGCUGUAUUUGGAAACUCCCAUUGGUCCAGAGAGACAGAACAAUGAGAAGAAAUCCCCUGUCCAGUUACCUGCAGGAAUAUUUCAACACUUCAUGGGCUAGAGGAUUCCAUUGAGAUGGGGUUUAUGUCUUGAUUUUGAACACCUGUCAGCACUGUUCUCUGUUUGCAUGGCAAUUCUGACCCUUUUAUGGCAACAACACCCCUGGGACAACCCGGAUUUGUGGAUUGAGAUCCAAAGGUAGAAUUUCCAGACAGUCCAACCAAGGUAUCAAGGGAUGUUUCCAGAGUGGAAGGCUCUCACCGUGUCCCAGGAUUUCUGGGGUUUGUAAGCAAUACUGGCCAUUUGUGACCCUGUUUUUUACCUAAUCAUUCUGUCUUUUUAGGACAUGGUUUUACCCGAUCCCUGGCUAAGGAUCCAGCAUUCCAAUAGCUGAAAACCCUGUUAUAGCUUUUCUCCUAUUCUGCCUUACCCAAGACACACUUGAACCCCUCAGUAAGGCUAUACAGGGGGCCAUGAGCAGGGGCAGCCUCUCCCUUGUUUCUACAGCUCCAUGAUGAGGGGUUGACUGAGGCCAGCAAUCCUUGUAGAUGUGACCGUUGCAAUAUAAUCAACAGUUUCAAGAUCGAGGGGUACCUUUUGAAAGAACCCCUUCAGGGAUAUCUAUCCACAGCAGCCUGGAGCAGCCAAGGUGAACCUGAGAUUUUGACCCACACAAUAAGGGGGGCCCAUUCUUUUUCAAAUAUUUUGGCUUCAGAAUACACUUCAUUACACAUGCAAAUAUUGAGAGAUUAACAGAAAUUCCAGCUCUUAUGCCUGACUGAGACGAGCCACUGCAAGUUGCAGUCAGGUACCCAUGUGCAGCAGAGGCCAGCUGAAUCCCAGAGCUUCCCAAAGUGGACACCAGCGGGGACUAUUCCUGAUGUCCCACCCAAGAGAGGAAGAUGAACUGAGGCACUGCUUCUCUGCCCAAAUGCAUCCCAUGUGCAUUCACGUGUCACCCAUUCAAAAUAGCAUGGAAUUCUUGGAACCUUAUAUCUGACAUGUAAAACCAGCCUACACAUUGGGCUGGGUGCAGGGGCUCACACUUGUAAUCCUAGCACUUUGGAAGGCUGGCGUGGGCAGAUUGCUUGAGCACAGGAGUUCCAGACCAGCCUGAGCAACAUGGUGAAAUCCUGUCUCUUCAAGAAAUAAAAAAAAUAAAUAAAAAAAA